AUGCAAGAUAUUUCCACAUUAGAAAAUUUAUUAUUAAAACCAUAAGAAGAAGCUUUUAAACAUUUAGUCAAAGGAUCUGAUGAAUAUUAUUAUUUUUAUUUCCUAAAACUCUUUCAUGAAAAAGGAGCUAAUUUAUCAAAUGAAGAAAAAGAAUAAUUAAAGGAAUUUAUUUCCAGAGAUACAGAACUUUCAGAAAAAAUUAAAAAAAGAAAACUUUUUGCAUAAUUAGACUAUUAUUCCAAUGAUGUCAUUAAGAGAAAUAAAGUUUUAGGAUUAUUAAGAGAAUAUGUAUUUAAGAUUGAAUAUAAUAAUGAUGUAGAUCCUCAAAUUUAUUAUUUAAGUGAUGUAUCAAGGUUAUUAUUUAUAUAAAAUUUAGAGAGGAAGAAUAUGAAAUAGAAUAAGAGUAAGAAUAAGUUUAAGAAACAAUAGAUUAGAAUGAACAAAUUGAAGAAAAUAUAGAAAUUGUAAAUUAAAAUUAAGAGAGCCAAUAAUUAGAGGAUAUAGAUGCUUAAAAUGAUCUAGAAAAUAUAAAACCAUCAUAUAUUGAAUAAGAGGUUGUAUAAUAAGAAUAAGAGGUUGUAUAAUAAGAAUAAGAGGUUUUAUAAUAAGAAUAAGAUAUUCAAUAAGAAUAAGAAUUAAAAAUUGAAGAACCUUAAUAAAAUAUAGAUAAUAAUGAUUAGGAUCAAGAAUCAAAUUAAAUUGUUGAAUAAUAAGAAGAAGAAUUAGGAUAUGAAAAAUACUAUCCAUCAUAAUUUGAACAAUGUUUAAUUAGUUUGAAUACUUAUUUAGAAAGAGUUUAUACAUAUUCAUCCAUUUAUUUAAGUUGGUUACAACCUCAUUACUACCAUCUUUUAGAUAUAGAAAGAAUUUUAAAAUAAAAUAGUGUUUAACUUAUAGAGACCUACUUAGAAAAAGCUGAGAAUAUAGAUUAGUAAUUAUUUAGUAUAAUUUUAGAAAUAUGGAUGUUAUAAAAUUAUUUUAAUUUUUGUUAAACUAAAAGUAAUAAUCAAAGAAAUUAAAUCAAUUUCUACCAAAGUUAUCUGAGGCAUAAUUAAUUUAAUUAUCAGAAUUUCAACCUAAAUUAUUGGAUGAUAAAGAUUUUGUGAUGAUUUUAUAUUAAAUUAAAUUUGAAAGAAAAGCAAUUUAAUUUAAUGAAGAUAAAUAAGCAUUGUAUAGAUUAAAAGAAGCUUCAACAGAGUUUUUCUUUAAAUUAUCACCAAAAUUUUAAGAUAAUAAGAUCUAACAAUUAAAUUCUUUAAUUGAAUUUGGAACUUCUAAUAAUAUACUUAUUAAAUAAGAAUUAAUAAUUGAAUGGCUUAAAAAUUAUUAAUCUAUAUUUAAUCCUUUGAUUGAUGAUUUAUAGGUUAAUGAAAAUAAAAAAAUUGUAUAUUUAGUUGGUAAUAAUACUUAAUUUAAAAUUCUAAAGAGAUAUUUAUAAACUUAUUUAAGAAAUAAUGAAAGUUUAAACUUUCUAUCUUAAUAUAUAUCAAACAAUAUUCUAGAGUAGAUGGAAGCUGAAAUAAAAUUAUAUUAAGGAAAAUAAUUGGAACAUAUCUCAAAGAUUCUACCAUAAGAUAAACUUGAGAAAAUGAAUAAUGAAAAAAUCUUAGAGAUUUUAGAUACUAAUAAAAAGUCAUUUAAACAUGGGUAUAUAUUAUUUAAUUAUUUCAAGAGAAAAAGUGAGUUUGUAAUGUAAAUUAAAAAACAUAUAAUAAUUAACAAUUAAAAUAUUUUAAAUUAAUUGUGAAAAUUAUUGUCUUUUAAAUGAGAAAAAUGCGAAUAUAGAUAUAUCAUUAGAUGGAAUAAUUCCAAAUGAAGAAAUAGAAUUUACAUAUCAAUAACCACCUAUUGAAAUAUUUUAUAAAGAAUUUACAUUUGAUACUAUAACCAAUUCUAGAUAUGGUGCAUUUGUAAUAGAGUUUUUAGGAAGUGGUUUAUAUGCAAAAGCAUUUAUAGUUAAAGGAAGAUUGAAUUUAGAAAAUACAAUUACAUCUGCAGGUCAUUCUUUAAAAAUAUAUAAUGAAAAUAAAGAACUUUGUAAAGGUGAAGGUACAGGAGUAUGGCUUGAAAAGAAAUUCUAUUAAGUAAAUUAGAGAAAUGAGAUUAUGAUACCAUUUACAAUUAAUCGCAAAGUUAUUAAUUGCAUUAUUGUAUAUGAAAAUUAUGCAGAAGUAUCUGAAAUAACAAUUGAAACUGAAAAAUAUGAAUUAAAUUGCUUAUUUUUUUUGGAUUAAGAAUAAUUCAUAUCAGAAACUGAAACAUCAAUUAAUAUUUUUCCAGAACUCACAGUUGCUAAUAAAACAAUUGAUAUUGGAUUAUUAAAAAAUACAAAAAUUAGAGUAUAAUCAACAAGUAUAUCUAAUGUAAUCAGUUAUAAUUAAACAGAAGAAGCAUAAUUUAAAAAUGGAUAACCUUAUUCAUUUUAAAUGAGAAAUCUUUCAAAUUUAGAUAAAACAACUAUUAAUGUAUUUGGAUAGAUUAUGUCAAUGACAGAGAAUAAAUUAUUAGAUUUGUAAUUUGACUUUAAUAUUAAUUAUUAAUAUGAAUCAAAACUUAGCAAAUAAUACAUAAAACAUUCUUAAGAAUAUGGAUAUGAAUUAAUAGUCAUAGGAAGAAAUGGUGAGAUAUAUGAAAAUUUAUUAUUUGAAAUUACAUUUUGGUCUAUGUACAGUACACAAUCAACAACAGCAAAAUUAAAAACUAAUGAUUAAGGUAAAAUAUUAUUAGGGCAAUUAGAAGGUAUUAUAAAAUUAAGUUCUAAAUGUUUAUCUUCUAAUUAAUAAUAAGUUCCACCUGAAUUGAAUUACACAAUACUUAAAACAGAUUAUUUAAAAAAUACUAUUUAAAUUUAACAUCUAAAAACAAUAGAGAAUUAGUUUUUAUAGACUAUUUCAUUUUAGAUAUAAUAAACAGAAGAAAAAUAUUAAGUUAUGGUAAUUGCUUCUUAAUUUAUACAUCCUAAUAGUUAGAAUAUUGAAUAUGCUUAAUAUUUAUAAAAAAAUUAAUUUAAGAAAAAUGAAAAUCUUUAUUUAAAUGAUUUAAUUAACAAUUAAUUCAAAUCAAAUUAAUAUGUUUAAUUUGAAAUUGCAUAUGUAUAAAAUAGAAGAACCAAACCUGCUUAUAUAGGAAACACUCUUGAAAAGCCAAGUGUUUUAUUGAAUAGAGAAUUUGUAUAAGAAACUACAAAUGCAGAAGAAUGUUAAUCAGAUGAUUAAAAUGAGGAACCUUAAGAAUAUGGUGAAGAAGAUGAUGAAGAUCGAUGUAGUGAUAGAAUGGAAUGUGAAGCUCCAUAUGAGAAAAAAAAAAUGAAGAAAAAAACAUCAAAAAGAAAAUAAAUGGUAGGAGACAAAGGAAUCUAAAUAUAAAAAUAUAUUGAUGUUACAAAUCAUAUGAAUUUUUUGAAAAGAUCUGCUUAAAUUAUAAUAGUUAAACAACAAGAAUCUAAUUAAUAUGAGUUGACUUUUCCAGAUUAUAUACAAUAAGUUCAAAUAAUUGUAAUAAAUGAAAAAAACAUUUAAAAUAAAACUAUAGGCUUAAAAUCUAAAGAUCCUUAUUAAAAGGAUAUUACACAUAAAUCAAAAUUAGAAAUAGGAAAAUUCUAUUCUCCUUAUAGAGAAUCAAUUAUUAUUUCAAAAGGUUAAGAAUAUUUAUUAACUGAUUGUGCAAAUACUCAAUUUAAAAUUAUUGAUUCAUAUGAAGAAGCAUGUUCAAUAUUGAAAAAUAUUUCUUAAAAUUGUGAUCAUUCAAUAUUAAAUAUAUAUUCAACUUGGAAUAAUAAGAAUUUAGAAGAAAAACUUAAGCUAUAUAAUAAUUAUCAAUCAGAUGAAUUUAAUUUAUUUUUAUAUUUUAAAGAUCCUGCUUUCUUUGAAAUAUACAUUUUAGGUUAUAUAAGAAACAAAAUAGAAAAAUCAUUUAUUGAUUAAUUUUUACUAAAAAAUGUAUAAUACCUUUCAUAACAAGUAUCUAGCGGAAGAUUUACUUAAUUGAAUGCUUUAGAAUAGACUCUAUUAUUUAUAUUUUUUAAUGAAAUUUAAGAAAAUAAAUUAUAUUCCAAUAGAAUAAAAAAUUGUUUAUAUUCAACAAUUAAAAAUUAUGAAAUAAAAUAAUUGGAAAGAAAAUAAACAUUUGAUACAAUUAUAGGUGGAGAAGGUGAAGAAAAAGGUUUAGAAUCAGAUUGUGAGAAUGAAGAUGAGAUUUAUUAAGGAGCAGGAGGUGGUGGAGGAAAUGCUAUUGAAUGUUGUGAAGAUGACUGCUAUUAUGAUUGUGAAUAAAAUUAUUGUGAAGAGGAAUGUUAAUAUUAAAGUAAAGAAGUAAAACGUGGUAGAAGAACUUUAUAAAGACACAGUUACAAUGAUUAUGAUGAUUGUAAUCAAUAUGAUGUAUACAGGGAAAUGAGCAUUUAACCAUUUAGAAAUAUUAAAUAAACAUGUGAAUAUUGUGAAUUACAUUAUAGAGAUCGUUAAACAUUAUAGAAUCCUGAUUUAACUACUUAUAAUGAUUUUUAUCAUGAUUUAGUUGAACAUUCCAUAUCUCAAGGUGUAAUUGAUAAUCCUUUUGUUUCUUCGAAAUUCAUUUAUAAUAAUCUUGGAAAUAGUCAUGAUCUAAUAAUUACAGCAGCUUUAUUAGGAUUACCAUAUACAAAUUUAGUUUAAGUAGAAUAGUAGUAUAUAGAAAAAGAUUUACAUAUUAAAGCAUAAACACCUUGUAUUUUGUUAAAGAAAUAAUUAAAAGAAUUACCAAAAUAAAUUAAUAAAUAGAUAUUAGUUAUUUAAAAGUUUUAUGAUGAAAAUAAUAGAUAUAUAAAAAAAGAUGGAGAAAAUAUUGAAUUAUAACCUUUAGAAUUUGAAAUUAAAAAAAUAUAUCAUUGUGAAAUUGUUAUUACUAAUUGUUCAUCUAAAAAAUUAAAUGUAUUUUUAUUAUUAGAGAUACCCAAUGGAUCACUUCCAUUUGAUCAAAAUAAUUAUUCUAGUAUAAAUACAGUUAGUCUUAAACCUUAUUAAUCACGUACUUACCAUUAUUCAUUUUAUUUUCCAAAUAUUGGAAGCUUUUCAGUUUAUCCUGCAGUUGUUUCUACUGAAAAAGCAGUCAUAGCAGUUGCUGAGGAAUACUAAUUUAUUGUAGUAGCUAGUUCUUAAAUAUUAAAUAAAGAGAAUCUUAUGGAUAUUAUAUAAAAAGGUAGUAAAGAUGAUAUUCUUGAGUAUUUAAGAAACAAUAGUGGAGUAGAUUUAUCUUAAAUUAAGAAAUAUUUUAAAGAUAGAACAUUUUAUUUUAAAUGUUGUGAAAUACUUAGAGAGAAAUUAGAAUUGAAAGAGGAAAUCUUAUAAUAUUGUUUUAUUCAUAAUGAUCUUGAAGGACUUAAGGAUUAUCUUGCUUUAGAAGAUAUUUAAGAAAUCCUUAAAGAAUAAUUUGUAUAUUUAAAGACUUCUUUAAUUUAACUUAAUUCUGUAAGAUUUUAUGAAUAUUAUCCAUUAUUAGUAAAAAGAGUACAUACAUUAGCUAGUAUUGAUUAAGGAAUAUUAAAUGUUUAAUUGAAAUAACAAUAUAAAGAAUUUCUAAAUUAUCUUGUAAUAAAAUAAGAUUUAUCAAUAACAGACAAAAUUAUAUUUUGUUAUUAUUUAUUAUUAUAAUCAAGAAUAAAUGAUGCCAUUAAAAUAUAUUAGAGUAUUAAUUAAAAAUUCAAUGAUGAUGAUCCAAUUUUAUAAUAUGAUUAUUUAAGUGCAUAUCUAGAUUUAUAUAUUGGAUAUCCUAAUUUUGAUGGAGCAAGAUCAAUUUGUGAAAAAUAUCUAAGUUAUCCAGUUAUUGAAUGGAGAAAUCUCUUUUAUGAAGUAAUGAAUUUAUUAGCUGAAUUUGAUGGAGAUGAAGAUAAAAUAAUAGAAAAAUAAACAGAUGAACAUUAAUAAAAAAAUUAAGAUUAAGCUAAUAAAGAAGAAUAAUUGUAAUUUGUUGUUGAAAAUGAUCAAAUCAAAAUUACUUAUUCUAAUCUUCAUUCAAUCUCAAUUGAACAUUAUUUAAUUGAUUUAGAAGUUAUCUUCUCCAAGAAUCCUUUCUUAAGUGAUCAAAAUUAUAAUAAUUACACUUAUACUAAACCUAUUCAUACAUCAAAACAUACAUUAUAAUUCAAUUAAACUUAAUAAUAAAUGAUAAUAUAAUUUCCUGAUAAUUUGAAACAUAAAAAUUAAAUCAUUUAAAUUAAAGGAGAUACUAAAAUUGUUAGUCAUCAUUAUAUUGAAACUAAAUUAUAAAUAAAUAUAACUGAAAAUAGUGGUUAAUUAAGAAUCUCUAAUUAAGAAGGCAAAUACUUAGAAAAAAUAUAUAUCAAAACAUUUGUAAAGAAAAGUGAUGGUUAAAAUAUAUUCUAUAAAGAUGGAUACACUGAUCUAAGAGGUAGAUAUGAUUAUGCUACUCUUGAUUCAUAAUCUUUAGAAGAAGUGUCUAAAUUUGCAGUUCUAAUUGUAAGUAAUGAUUUAGGUAAUUAAUUAUGAUCUAUUUAAGGUUCUAUGAUUAAAGAAAUCAAUCCUCCAUCAUAAGUAGGAAAUUAUGGAAGAGAAGUCAAACUCUAAUCUAAAUUAUGGACAGGUAAAGCAAAAAUGGAAUAAGAAAAAUAAGAAAUUAUAUAUAAAUCUAAAAAAUUAGACAAAAAAAAAUGCUGA